AUGCUACGUGUCUGGCAUUUAAUUGAACAAAACCUUAAAACCAACUGCUAUAAACUUUUUGAUAAUAAUGAUAACUAUCUAGAAUUUAAAAAACAAGUAGAGGCUUUGCAUUUAACUUUUGACGAAGAACAUAUAAAUGUUGCAAUGAAUUCCAUUAAGAAUACUACAGAAAUGGCACAUGAUCAACAAAAGCCUCUAGCAUACAUUGAAAGUUUAAUGAAAGAUUCAAAAUUAUGGGUUUAUGCAUUUACUAAGCACUUUUGUCAUAUGGGUAUUUCGACUACUGGAUGUGCUAAAUUAUCACAUAUUGCUUUUAAGCAUGCAAUAGAAAUGGCUAGUGGUUUAGAAUCAGUUUUCGAAGCAAUUGAUCAAAGGAUGAGAGUUCAACAUCUUAAAAAUUCUAUGAAUAUAGGCAAUAAUAAAAUUACAUAUGAUCUAUUUAUUAUACAUGAUCCUUAUUUUAGUAUAAUUCUUGGUAAAGUAUCAGUAUAUGCGAUUAAUCAAAUAAAGAGGCAAUUGGCUAAAAAUCCAAUUCCUCUAAGCAUAAUUGACAAGCGUUGGAAUCUUCAUAGACCUGAAAUUAAAUAUCUUUCACAACCUUCUUUGGAAUCACCAGUUACUGAUCCAGAAUUUUACAAAGUAUUUCUCAAAGCUGAAGACCUAUUUCAUAAACUUCCGGAUGAUCCUUCAAUGAGAACAGAGUUUAUAUCACAUAUACGUGAAGCAGUUACAAUGCCAUUAUCUGAACCUGUGAAGGCUCCAAAGAUAAAAGUUCAAAGUAGUCAUCCUUUUGGCAUGAAAUGUGAAAAACUUAAGAGUGAAAAACAGGAAUUAGAAGCAAAAAAAAAACAAAAAUUACUAAAUAAAUUUCAAUUAAAGCAAAAAGACAAUAAUAUUUUAUAUUCUCUUGCUACUUACUAUCAGAAUGUUGAUAUAUAUAAAGAAAAUGUACCAAAAUUUAUUGAUGGAAACUGUGGCUUUCAUGCCAUCGCUAUAUCACUUGGAAUGUCCGAAGAUGAAUGGCUAAUUAUAAGACAAAAUAUUUUUAAUAAAUUAACUAAUCAAAAGUCUCAUUAUAUUGAGCUAUUUAUUGAAGGUGAAGCAGAAUAUAAUAAUAUUAUUUCAAUCAUUCAAUAG